UAUAUAUAUUAUGUACAUGUGCAUCCAAAUAAAUGAAGAUGUCUCCUAAUUUUAAUGCAUGUGUGCAUGUUAUGUACAUUUACAUACCUUACAAAUUACUUGUUAUGUAUAUGUGCAUACCAGACAAAUGAUUGGUAACUUGAUUGUUCAUCAACAUAUAUCUUGAUUGUUUCUUAAUCUAAAGCGUUAAAUAUCUGAUCAUCAAUCAUAAAUAUAUGAGUGUACAAAUUAAUCAAGUUCAAAGAAUUACCAUAUUUUUUAUUAACAAGAAAAUGUUUUACUAAAUAAAGGCAAUCCUAGAACUAGUUAUCAAGCAUUACUUAACAUAUUGGUUAUAUUAAUUUUGACUCUCAGCAUCAAUUUUAAGUUUUCUUUCUUGAAGGGGAUUGGGAUAUUUGAGUAAUAAAUAAAUAUAUAAAAGAGAAAAUACCUUUUAACAUCCAGAGGCUUGGUUAUGUCAUCAGGUAGUCCCCAGAUGAGUCAAACUUCUCUCCAAUCUUGACCAAAAUGUCUUGAAGGGUAGCUGAAUCUUCUAUAAAUAGGAAGUAGAACAUUCUGCAUUCUGCAUUCUGCAAACAAAGUAACCAAACAAACACACAACAAAGGUAGAAGAAAGAUCAAAGCAUAAACAGCAAGAUGGAAAACUUCCCUUUGAUCAACAUGGAGAAGCUAAAUGGCGAAGAGAGGUGUGCCACAAUGGACAAGAUUAAGGAUGCUUGUGAAAACUGGGGAUUCUUUGAGUUGGUGAACCAUGGGAUUUCGCAUGAGCUACUGGACUCGGUGGAAAAAAUGACGAAAGAGCACUACAAGAAGUGUAUGGAACAGAGGUUUAAAGAAAUGGUGGCAGCUAAAGCAUUAGAAGGUGUUAAUAUAGAAGUUACCAAUAUGGACUGGGAGAGCACUUUCUUCCUGCGCCAUCUCCCCACCUCCAACGUCUCCGAAAUACCUGAUCUUGGAGAUGAAUACAGGGUAUUAAUGAAGGAUUUUGCUGGUAAACUAGAAAAUUUGGCAGAGGAACUUUUGGACUUGCUAUGCGAGAAUCUUGGAUUGGAGAAAGGAUACCUGAAGAAAGCAUUCCAUGGAUCAAAGGGUCCAAAUUUUGGAACCAAGGUUAGCAACUACCCACCAUGCCCGACCCCAGAUUUGAUCAAAGGACUCAGAGCACAUAGUGAUGCCGGU